AACGCAGACAAACGAAAAUCGCUACGCUACUAGUCGUAAAUAGAGUAUCUUGUAAUUUUCAUUGUUUUUUCCAAAUUUCAAGUUGCAAAUGGCUUAAAAAAGAGUGAUACAAUUACAGUGCUAUUAACUUUCAUGUCCCGAAGUACCCAAGUAUUAGUGGAGUUUCGUCAACAUGGCUCGUACUCGCACUUUCCUCUUGUUUUGUUUAGUUAUCUUCAUUAACACGGUUGCGCCGUGCAAGGUGUCAUUGACGAAUAAUGGGCCGGCUGUGCGUGGUUCGAACAUCACGUUCACGGCCGCCUUGUCACAGAGUUGUAUCGGGGAAAACCUAAAGUAUGUGUUUAUGGACAGCAGUGGUUACACUGACUAUGCUGAGUUCAUGUCCACAACUGGUGUCGUAAACUGGACCGUUGAGUACAAACGGAAUCUGUAUGUUGCUCGCCAGUACACAGCAGAAGUCCAUGUGAAAAGGCUAUACAAUAUCAUCAACAUGUACAUUGAGAUUGCUAGAGCGAGCAGUGACUUCACUCUUACAGACACCCUACACGGCGGACUUGUUCUAAAGCAGAACAACGUCAUCCGCCCAAACACCUUCGUAGCCAUCAACCAGACUGUCCAUCACUACAUAGAUUUGCCUCAAGUUGAGAUGGACUUCCUAAAGGCCAACGCUUCCCAAGUCAUCACUUACUGGUUCAUAGACUGCAAAUACAUCGAUCAGACGACUACUAUGUCUUUAGACAACACAUAUCAUGAUACUAUGAGCGAACACAACAUUGACGUGCUAGUGGUCGCUAACAAUGAUCCUUUACCGCCAAUAACAACAACAACUACUACGACUACAACAACAACAACAACGACGACAACAACAACAACUUCUACUACAACAACAACAACAGAAAAACCCGGUGAAGUGAUACCAGCUCAUCAUAAUAUAACCAAGAGGGCGGCGAAAAAGAAGAGUCCAGUGAAUGAUUUUAUUUGUCGCGAUACGGUGGUGCCGAUUGGAGAUAAUUAUACGUAUGGACAUUAUCAAGCCACUUUGAAAGUUAGAGAACCCAUCUCCAAAAUAAACAUCACCGGGCGCAACUGGCUUCAGCACGGAGACCUCCUGAAUCUCGAGGUCAAAUACACCGGCUCACCCCCCUUCGAUUUCUGCGCCCAAUACAAAAAGGGGGAAUAUAACAUAACUGGGAACGAAACGUGUUCAGUCACGACCAGGACGGUUGUUAAUACGUUCCCGCUGGUCCGGUAUUUUCUGGAUAGCGACCAGCAUACUGUGGUCGUGAUUAUUGAGAAUGAGAUGGGAAGGAAUGUUUCUAGGGCUACUAUUAAUAUUUAUAAAGCGCUGGUCCACGCGCAGCUGUCUGUGAUCGUGGUGCCCGUAGUGUUCUGUCUGCUCGCCGUUAUUUUGGUGGUGUUCGGCGUUGCUUACUACCAGCACCGCUCUAAAUACACAAUAGAAGUAGCCGACUUCGAUUUCGGCCAGCAAGCCAACUUAGACUACAAGACGUUCAGAGAGCGCCUUCGGGACAGCUUCCGGAGCGCCCUCAACCUACGACACGACUCCGAGACGGACCCGCUCACUCCCAACUCGCGGUACGACUCAUAGACAUCCACCAACACCAAAUCCGUGGAAUUUUCUACCUUAUCGUACUAUAUAUACGGUUGCAUUUUGAAUGACGUACAGUGAGCGAUUCUAGAAAGCUUCUGAAGCGGCCUCAUCCUACGACGCGACUCCGAGACGGACCCGGUC